AUGUAUCUACGAGCUGUUCACGCAGAGGCUCAGAUAGCCGUACUCCAACAACUCAUCCGCGAUAACCCACUGGGGAUCCUCACAACUGCGAUCAAGUCACCUCUCUAUCCGCUCAUUCAAUCCAGCCAUAUCCCGUUUGUGCUAGAUGUCCCAGAGACAACCGACGGCAGUCUAUCAAAUGGAGUAUUACGCGGCCAUAUGGCAAAGCAAAACCCACAGGCAAAGGCACUUAUGGAGGCUUUGGCGGCGCAACAAGAACAAGGCAACGCGAGCCUUGAGCUGUCAGACGAGGUCCUUGUGCUCUUUAACGGGCCGCAUCACCACUAUGUGACGCCAAAGUUCUACACCGAGACUAAGCCCGCUACCGGCAAGGUCGUUCCCACCUGGAACUAUGCCGCUGCACAGGCGUACGGCAAGAUUCGUGUUUAUUGCGACUCCAAGUCCGAGGAGACAACAACGUUUUUGCAAAAGCAGAUUGAGGAACUGUCAAACCAGUCCGAGACAUCAAUCAUGAAGUAUUCUUCGCCAUGGCAGGUGUCUGAUGCACCCGUAUCUUACGUUGACCUUCUGAAAAAGAACAUCAUCGGCAUAGAGAUUACCAUUGAUCGCCUACAGGGGAAAUUCAAGAUGAGUCAGGAAAUGGGCCAAGGUGAUCGGGAGGGCGUCAUCAAGGGGUUUGAGGAUCUGGGAACGGACGUUGGCAAGGGCAUAGCAGACAUGGUCAAGGAGAGGGGAGACCUGAAAGAUAACAAGUGA